AUGUCGCUGUACGUUAAGGAAAGUGUUGGAGUGGACGAACACGGCGUUCCGGGAUCAAAAGAGGAGCCGUACAAGACUGCAGCUUUUGCUUUAUUUGCGUUCCAGCAGCAGAACGGUGAGGAUGCUGCAGAACCUAAAUUGUUUGUGUUCAAGAGUGAGGACAAUGAAUACCAGGAGAUCUCUGCGUCUGCGUUGAAAAAGGCCCGCAAAGGCAGCAGCGGGUUGGCCAAGAAGGCCGUCAAGCAGAAGGAGGAGCAGGCCAGGAGACAGCAGCAGGAGGCAGACAACGCUGCCAAGCAAAUCGCAGCGUUGAACAUUAGGAUUGAGGAAGACAAGUCGUUGCCUGAAGCGCAAAAGUUCAAGAUCGGGCAGUCGUACGGACAUGUCGGGCAAAGAGUUAAGCUGUACGGGUGGAUCCACAGGUUGCGUGCCAACAAGAAGGUUGUUUUCGUUGUGCUGAGAGACGGGACGGGCUUUAUCCAGUGUGUGAUGAGCGGGGAUCUGGCGGCUGCUCAGCAGACAGCGGAGCUGACGUUGGAGUCGAGUGUGGCUCUGUAUGGUAGAGUUGCGAAGGUGCCAGAGGGUAAGAGCGCGCCGGGCGGAGUUGAGCUGGUGGUCGACUACUACGAGGUGAUCGGUGUUGCGCCUUCCGGCGACGAUUCGUUCACGAACCGGAUCGCCGAGGGCGCAGACCCUUCGCUGUUGCUGGACCAGCGCCAUUUGGCGCUGAGAGGCGAGACGAUCUCUGCUGUCAUGAAAGUGCGUGCCGCGUUGUUGAGGGCUGUGAGGCGGGUGUACGAGGAAGAGCAGUUGGUCGAAGUGACUCCGCCAUGUAUGGUGCAAACCCAGGUCGAGGGUGGGUCUACGCUUUUCAAGCUGGACUACUAUGGCGAAGAAGCGUACUUGACGCAGAGCUCGCAGUUGUACCUGGAGACGUGCCUCGCAGCUUUGGGGGAUGUGUACUGUGUCCAGGAGUCGUUCCGUGCUGAGAAAUCGCACACGAGAAGACAUCUUUCCGAAUACACACACAUCGAGGCAGAAUUGUGUUUCUUGAGCUUCGACGAGCUGUUGGCGCAUAUCGAGAAGCUGCUGGUCAACGCCGUCCAGUACGUGCUGGAAGACCCGGUCGCGGGUCCUCUGGUCAGGCAGUUGAACCCCGGCUUCCAGGCACCAAAGGGCCCUUUCAUGAGACUGGAGUACAAGGACGCCAUCCAGUGGCUGAACGACCACGACAUCAAGAACGAGCAGGGCGAGCCUUUCAAGUUCGGCGACGAUAUCGCGGAAGCCGCAGAGAGAAAGAUGACCGAUACAAUCGGUGUGCCUAUCCUACUGAUCAGAUUCCCCGUCGAGAUCAAAUCCUUCUACAUGAAGCGGUGCCAAGACGAUCCAAGAGUCACCGAGUCCGUCGACGUGCUGAUGCCGACCGUCGGCGAAAUUACCGGUGGUUCCAUGAGAAUCGAAGGCACCGAAGAAUUGAUGCAGGGUUUCAAGCGUGAGGGCAUUGAUCCAAAAGCCUACUACUGGUUCAUCGAUCAGAGAAAAUACGGUACUUGCCCACACGGUGGCUACGGGUUGGGUACCGAACGUAUCCUAGCAUGGCUCUGCAACAGAUUCACCGUCAGAGACUGCUCGUUGUACCCACGUUUCAGCGGCAGGUGCAAGCCAUAA